AUGUCGGCGCUUUCUGCUCAAACCGCCUUCCACGAGGGCAAAGUAGAUGAUGAUCGCGACUCUUCUGGCUGGUCUGCUUCUGCGUAUAACGUGGGCGCGUCUUUCGUAUACUCUGCCGCCGCGACAGCGCCCGUCCUCUCUCUCCUUGAAGCGCGCCCUGGAGAGAAGAUUCUUGACUUUGGCUGUGGGAGUGGCGAGAUCACGAAGGAGUUGAAGAAGUUGGUCGGUGACGAGGGUGUUGUUGUGGGUGUUGACAUUAGCGAGAGUAUGAUUUCGAAAGCACUCGAAGUGACUGGAUUCGAAAGAUCACACCUCCUUGUCGCUGAUCUGCAAAUGCCUUCUUUCCCAGUUGGGACUCAGCCCGAGUUUCCAGUGGAGUUAGUGGGGGGAAAGUUCGACAAAGUGUUUACCACUGCAACUCUGCAUUGGUGUUCGCGAGACCCAAAGCAGGCACUGUUAAAUGCACAUAGGAUGCUCAGGUCAGGUGGGCGGAUCGUCGGCGAGAUGGGAGGAUAUGGUAAUGUGGAGGGGGUUCGUGCGGCGCUGCACAAGGUCCUCGGGCAACGAGGCAUCAACGCUACGGAACGAGACCCAUGGUUCUUUCCAUCUGUGGAGUCCUAUACGCAGAUCAUCGCAUCCGCCGGGUUUAAUCCGGUCCAUGUCUCACUUACUGCGCGGCCUACACCCGUCGCGAGCCUCAAAAAUUGGUUACGUUCAUUCUGCAUGCACAACUUUCUUCGCGAAAUGAGCAGCGACGAAGCAGAGCAUGUUAUGACGGAGGUAGAAGAGGUUGCUCGUCAAGAUGAACGAUGCUGGGAUUUGAAGGCUGAAGCAUGGUGUUUGGAUUACGUGAGGUUGAGAUUUGUUGCGGACAAGGAUUGA